AUGGAGACUUAUAGCGGCCACCUCGCCGCCGAGCUGCUCGACGUCGCCGGAAGGUAUCUACACGCCUGCAACCUCAAAAGUUUCGUGCUACCGCUGCCGUUCUGUGAUGAGACGAUACUGGACAGGAACUCGCUCAUGGUCAAGGUGCUGGGAAACGCCUCAUGCCUCUCCAAGGAGCAGUUGUUCGACGUUGUACACGCCCUCGCCGGAGAUGAACGCAAGCCGCGAUACAAAUUCGACGAGUUUUCAAAAGCAUACGACUCGGUGAGCGCGACGAAUCAACCUGUGAGAAUUGCGCGCAAGGCGCAACCACCUCAAAGCGGGAUACGGAGCACUUUGAGGCCCUCAACCACCGCCCUGAGCGAGAAGCUCAUGCUGGAGCUUUCAUCCAUGCAUGAGCCGGCCGAAAUCGCGCAAAAAAUAGAUGGGGCGUUUUUCCGAAUGUCGCAAAGUGACACCGUGGGAUUUAUUCUUAUUAUCGCAGCAGAAAGGAUUACCAACAAUGCAGCCGACGAAGACAAUUUUACAAAAAUAAUAAAGGGUUCUAGUUUUCAAAUCAAAGUGUUGCAGCGUGUGUUCUAUGAGAUUAACCGAGCUUAUAGGCAAAAGGUCACAUCACACGCAGACGACGGCCAAUUUCUGCCACUGGCAGGCGCCCUUGUGGAAUUACUGGACGCAGAAGAGCAUUGCAUAAGGUCUCUUUGGUGCAAUCCGAAGCUUUCCAAAAAGGAAGAACCAGAGUUUGAAAAAAUACUCGUAAUCAGGUUGCUGGGGCACCUAUUCGAUUACGGGUUCCCGGGGGCGCCCGUAAACAACAAACUCAAGCAUGCAUCGGUGCUAAAUGUACACGGAAUACUCUUCCCGAGCGCUGCCUACACUUUCCUCAUCAACGGACUCAAGUUUGGCAAACACUUCGAAACGCAGCAGAACGGAGGGUCGCACGAGGAUUCAAACUCGAACUUCUGCAGGUGUCACCGAUUGGCGGAGUCAUCUGAUGCCGAACUCUUCUGGGGGAUCUCGGAGUCGAGGCUCAGAACGACGUUUUACAACGUGAAAGCCAGCAUACCGGUCAAACCGUCGGAAUACACAUUGUCGAUGCUCCAAAAAAUACUAAAACGGAGUAAGCGUACCUGA